AUGAGUCUUACCACACCAGCAGUGCAAGAGUUCAAUCUGCUCCUUAAGGAGAUGGAGGAUUUUACUCUGCGAUUCCAGACAUUUACUCUACAAAAAAAGCUGGCCAUCCUGUCAUCUAAGCUGCAACAUAUCAACCGAGUGAAGGAGUUUGAGAAAAGGGCUCGAUCUCUACAAGCGGAAAUAAAAGCCACGACAGAAAAGUCAGAGAAAACAGAAGCUCUAGCAGCUCAGUCAUUACUUGAUCUUCAAGCAAAGCAAGAAAAAGUCGACGCUCUCACGGCCCAGCUGGACAGCAGAUUGGCUGCAAAGGAUCAACUCAACCGAGACAUUGACAAUUUGAGAAAAGAAGUGGCCGAGCUCGAGAAUAUUUUGAAAAACACUCGAUCCACGCUAGGUGACCAAGCAAUCAAGGACGCUGAGGAGCUCACUAAAUUUGAACAGUACUUGGGAUUGAGAAUCGAAGCAGUUGACAUCGAUCUCCUCAAGUUCAAAUUUGUCAAUAUCGACCCCAAUAAUGUUGAUCGUGAGGUUUGGUGUGAGCUAAAUGUGGCGGAGCAAGAAUACAAGGUCGGGCUCACGAAUCCAAACUUGCCCCGCGAUGUCAUUCUUCGGAUACAGAAAGAUCUCAAUAUGCAUGGUGAACUUGUCAUUUUUCUUCAGCUGAUGCGGAAUGCUUUACGUGCUGAAGUUUCCUGA